AGAGCAGAGGAGAGCGGUGCACAGAAGGGGGAGUGGAGAGUCUGGUCUCCGCUUGUAUUUUGAUCCUCUGAGCAGUCGCAGUCGGAUCUCUUCUAGAGCUACACUUCAAACCCUAAAAUACAGACUCAAACUCGGCUAUUUCUUCACAUUAUUAAGGCUUUUUCGUCGUGCGUAAAAGGGUUGAUCUGAGGACACACGGCUGAGAUGACAAAGCUGUGACAGUGCCUCCUAAAGUGCUAAACUGCGUUUGGACAAGUUUGUGUGCUAUGGCGACUGCAAAGAAGAGUUGUGCGAAAACUGGAGGGGUGCGUUUUUCCGAGGACCACCACCAUCCUCACCACCAUGCGGCCCACGCCUCUUCACAUGUGCACUUUGAUGAAAAACUACAUGACUCGGUUGUCAUGGUGAUGCCAGAGGAUGAUGGGAACUUCAUGGUCAAGGUUGGUUUCUUAAAGACGCAGCAUAAAUAUGAAAUCAUCUUCACAUUGCCGGAGGUUCCAGCUUUGGGGAAAGAUGUAUGCCCCGCCCCUGUCCCGAGCCCUCAUCUGCGGAUCACAAACCUCACACCUCUGCCUGAUGGGGGUCUUCGGGUGACCUGCGAGUACAUGGCACAACAGGAGGGCGUUUUGUGUGAGGAAGUGCUGCUGCUCAGUGAGACCAAUGAAGAUGUGUGCAUCAAGGUCAAAGUUCACGCCAGAGUGAUGGACAGCCGCCACGGGACACCCAUGCUUUUGGAGGGGGUGCGAUGCAUCGGAGUGGAGCUCGAGUAUGACUCUGAACAGAGCGAAUGGCAAGGAUUUGACUAAAAACAAUCUCCUCCUCUCAAAAAAUAGUUAUCAAAACAUCAUAAACCAGUGGAACAACUUUCUAUUUAAAAAGCUGUUUUCAACUAUUUUAAGGCCGCAUAACUCAUUUGUUUCAACCUUCAAACCAAAUGUACUGUUUGAGGGACAUUAUGGAGUUCAACAAUGACUGCCCACUCUGCGGUUCUGGAACUAAAUUUCCCAUUCAUUUUUAUCAUAGACUUAAAAAUAUUCUAAUAUUAUAAGUUUGUUCAGGGAUAAUCAGCUACAUGGUAAGUAAUGACCACAAGACAUAUAAUUUUAUUUAAAAUCUGUUUCUGAACCUUUAUAAACCACAAAUUUAUUAAAGCAUUUUGCCUUGUUGGUCUUAAAACAACCGCGUUAUGGAUAUUAGUCAGCACAUUGCUGGUUAGCCUCCACGAUACAUUUGAACUCUUAAUAUUAGAAUUUUUUGAAAAGUGUAUGGGAAAAAUUUACUUUGGGAGACUGAUCAGGCUGUCACUGGUGAGCUCCGUAUCCCAUCUAACCCAAGUUCAAUGUGUGCUUUACUUUCUCAAACACUAGAGGGCAGCAGUACACUUUGCAUACACACAGCUUAACUGUUACUGCCUGUCUGACAUAAUUCAAGUUCAAAUAUAUGAAAGACAAGCAAUGCAACACUGUAUAAUAACAACACUUUAUUUAGCAUUAAUAAAGUCCAAGACUUCAUUCAUGAUGAACAUUUCUUUUUUUUUUUUUUUUUGGGGAAUGGUUUAGGCUUAGUAACUGCUUAAUACCCUAAUUACCUUUAUUUAAGUAGUUACUAAACCUACAUAAUUAUUAGGCUAAUAAACGACUUACUCAUUAUGAAUUAAGUCUUUGUUCAUGCUUUAUUCAGGCUAGUUAAGGUGUAGUUUAUUAUUUAAUUAGAAAGUGGUAGCCAAGCAUUUAAGGUUAGAGUAUAUUUUCAAGGAACAACAUAUUCAUUGCACUGGAAAGUUUUAAUGGUCCGAUUGUGUGUCCAAAAUGGACCAUCAUUGACACUAUUGAAGGCUUGAAUUAGGACAAUACUGUUUUUAGUUUGCUCACUUGCUAAACCAUAGUAUUAUUUAAUUAUGGUUAGGUGUGUCUUCAAUUUAUUUAAAAAUUUGGAAAACUAGAUGAUAACAUUUUGGUGAGGUUAUGAUGCCAAAGGAGCCUUUUAUUGGUGCUAGAUUAAUUAAAAUAAAAAUAAAUUUUUUUAGCAUUAAUUAAAGUUAAUAUAGUUUACUAGCACAGAUUGGGCAGAAUUUUAUGAGCACUGGCAGGUGAAGAAAGAUAUAUCUUGACACCAUUAUAAACAAUAUUGCACUGCAAGUAAAGAAAUGGCGAGACUGAAUACAUCUCUGAAACUUCGGCAGUGGCCAGUGUCUCUUACUCAAUUAUUACUUGAUUUUAUUUCACAUGUGUUCUCAAAGUUGUGACAUGAUAAACUUUUUACAGUUUUCAAUCUGAGGUUUUCAAAAAUAUCCCUUUGACCUUACAGGUUGCUCAGAGUUGGUAAAGAAAAAAACAAAAUGGUCUUUUAUGAAGCCUUCACAAAAAGUGCCUUUCAUUGAAGCCAGUUGUCUUUGUUGACAUUUUGUAAUAAUAUUUCUCUUUGCUCAACAUUUACCGCUCUCAUUUUCUCACAAACAUCGGUCAAUCCCUUAUCAUUUUUUUCUGUUCAAUUUUCAAAAGUGCCAAGAGUUUGUGUAGAUUGUCCUAACAUAUUUUUCUUUGGCUUUGUUUGCAACACAUCUUUAAGAAAAAAAAUAAGUCUUCUAUGUAGAUUUGUUCUGAUGUUUUCUUGGUUGUAUGGUCAAAUUUCAAUGUGUUCCUACUGAAAUGCUAUAGGAAUGUAGUGGUUUAUUUGUUCUUUGUUGAUUGUGGUUUGAAUUUUUAAUGUUGAAAAUGAAUAAAAUUGUAUGUUUGACUUUG